GUUUAAUACCCCCGCAUGGUAUAUCCGAGGAGUGAACAUCACUCACACUGCAACCUCGUCAGCCCCUCAAGGCUAGCCAAGCACUCACUUACUACUUCCAGUGCCCGUUUCUGGCUUGAAUACCAAGCAUGAGUACUGACCCGCAGCCAUCGCGUUUUGUGCACCCCAGCAGACGAAGGGACAAGCCUAUCUUGAGCUGUACUCUUUGUCGGCGACGCAAAUUGAAAUGCGAUCGUCAACAGCCGUGCAAGACUUGUGUCGAUCGUGGGCUUUCACUGUCAUGCACGUAUGUGCGUAAUAUGCCAACACCAAAAGAACCCAAAAUCCCAAACAGUGUACAUGAUCGCAUCAAUCAGCUCGAGAAGCUUGUCACAAACCUGAUGAGUGGUAAAGAUGCCAAUCACGUCUCACCCACUCCGAGCCAUACGCCGCAGCAUCAAGACCAUAGCUCCCACGAGAUACUAGGAACUCCGGACCGUGUCAAGUUCAAUGACGAAACUACGAGUUACACAAGUAGCGGCCAUUGGACAAGCAUUCUCGAUGGGAUUUCGGAAUUGCGUGAGCAUCUCGAUCAAAUUCCCACAUCAUCUGAUGCAAGAUGUGACGAUUUAGAAGAAGCGUCUCGCCCAGAAAUCCUAUUUGGACUGCAAAGGCUUGUAACUAAAGAGGAUAUACUGGCAGCAAUACCGCCAAGGCCUGAGGCAGAUCAAUUAAUGGAGGCCUUCUUUACAAUAUUCGAGACCCAUGCAACUUUUCUGCACAAGCCGACAUUUGUCAAGCAAUACCAAAACUUCUGGUUGAAUUCAUUUGAAACGCCAACCAUGUGGGUGGGACUUCUCUACGUUAUUCUUGCCACUGGUGCUCGAUUCCAGGCGAAUUUCGAUGGGCACAUGUCAAAAGGUGUUGGCAUGGGGCCUAAUUGUGCCCAGAGCCUUUAUUCAGCACGUACAAAAUUCUAUCGCGAGAAAGCUGUACAAUGUAUGAUUCUUGCCAACUAUACGAAAUGCCCACCAGCGACGAUUGAAGCAUUUAUGCUUUACUGUGGCAGCGAGUUCUCACGCUCUGCGGAUGCUCAGUUCAGCACAUACAUGGUCGUCGGCAUGCUUAUAAGACUAGCGUUUCGUGUGGGGCUACAUAGGGAUCCGUCAAGGUUUCCCAACAUCUCACCUUUCGAAGGCGAAAUGCGACGACGCAAGUGGAAUUCGAUAAUGUCUCUUGAUCUUGUCACAUCAGCACAGCUAGGGUUGCCAAGAAUGAUCCAACCGUACAUGUACGAUACCCAAGAGCCUCGGAACCUGAACCAGGACGAUAUCUACGAGGACAUGACGGAACUACCACCCUCAAGAUCAGAAGCAGAACUCACACAGCUGCUCUAUUUCAUUCUUUUGACCAGAAUUCGAAAGAUCCAGGCGCAGAUUCUGGACUUGAUACAAGCCACACCGCAGCCACCAUAUCAGGCCAUAAUCGACAUCGAUACAGCGCUGAGAUCUGUCUACAGCCAAAUCCCCAAGAGCCUCGAAACCAAGAAUCUAGGCAAAGCUAGUGUCCCUUCAAAGUUGAGCUUGAUGCGUUAUACUUAUUUGGAAUUGGCCUAUCUGAAGGCUCAAGUGAUGCUGCACCGUCCAUAUCUCAAGCUUGGAAGAGUCGAUAAGCCUUACGAAUACUCGCGGAAGGUCUGUCUUAAUGCUGCAAUUGAAUUGCUCUCAUUCCAAAAUAAGCUGGACGCGGACAUUCAGCCUGGGGAUGAAUAUAGCUCAUUGAAGUUCCGCAUGACCGCUGUAAUCAGAAUCACGGCUUCUAUAGUUGCCCAGGACUUUCUCCUCGCUACUAGUGUGCUAGUCCUUGACCUCGAUGAAGACUUGAUUUCGCCUUUGCCCAACGUUGCCGAUAGGAGGGUGACGGGAGUGUCCCAUUUGGAAAUAGGGAUGCCAACACGUGAAGAGAUUAUAGAAUCGCUGCGUUCCGCGUACCACAUUUGGUUAGAGAGCAGCAAAAGAUCUCAAGAGGCAAAAAAGGUUGCGGCUGCAGUGAGACUAGUACUUUCCAAAGUAGGAGAACACGAAGACCACACGCAUAGCCCCCCGCAUUCCGUAGGUACUACAACGUUAGAGCACAACGGUGUCUACCCAUCACCGGAUUUUGUGUUCAACGAGCAUACGCCACCACGUCAUGUGCCAAAUCUAUUCCCAGCUGGAGACGACAGUUACAGCCAUUCUCUUCUCUAUAGUCAGAUGCCCAUGGACCUAGACAGCCUGAACAUCCCUCUUGAUUGGGAAGGCAUGAUGUCACAUCUUGACGUCCAGCAGUACAAUGAUGCUCAACAACGAUCCUUCCAAUAAUGUAGACUACCGCAAUGAUUUUCUCAGUUACGCGACAAGGCUUUCUCUCGCUAAAUGUUAUUCUACAUAUUUUAGAAGGCAGCAGAUAAUAGAAUCAUAUUUUGUAAUCGAU